AAACCCUAGGUCCUUCAUUUCCCCUGCCGCCCCGAAGCCCUAUCCGCCCGUCCUUCACCAGGCCGAUCCGAUCCACCACAAUGACGACCAGAUUCAAGAAGAAUCGCAAGAAGCGUGGCCAUGUCAGCGCCGGCCACGGUCGCAUUGGCAAGCACAGGAAGCACCCCGGUGGUCGGGGUAACGCCGGUGGCAUGCACCACCACCGGAUCCUCUUCGACAAGUACCACCCUGGGUACUUCGGCAAGGUCGGGAUGCGAUACUUCCACAAGCUCCGCAACAAGUUCUACUGCCCCAUCGUGAACAUCGACAAGCUGUGGUCGCUGGUCCCCCAGGAGGUGAAGGAGAAGGCGGUGAAGUCCAAGGGCACCGCCCCGGUGAUCGACGUCACUCAGUUCGGGUACUUCAAGGUCCUCGGGAAGGGCGUUCUGCCAGAGCAGCAGCCGAUUGUGGUGAAGGCCAAGCUCGUGUCCAAGACCGCCGAGAAGAAAAUCAAGGAGGCCGGCGGCGCCGUCGUGCUCACCGCUUAGGUGAUUUUUGUUAGCAAUUUUAGCCUUCUCUGUUUACAUUGAUCUGUGAACUCUGCUAGCCAUAUGGAUCUCUGGAGCUUUCGUUACUGCUGCAAAUUUUGCUGCUUUGACUCAAUUCCGAUGGAUUCAAUUCCAUGCCUCUCUGUGAUUCAUAUCGUGGGUUUGAGCUGAAUGGAUUUUGCUCAUUGGCCGGACUCGCUGCUGUCGUAAUGUCCAAAAAAGUUGCUACAUUUGCACA